AUGACUCUCUACUACAGCCUUGUUUUUUGUCUUCUCGUGUUCGAGAUGGUGAUCUUUAUGGGACUCAUUGUCCCUCUGCCUUUCACUAUCAAGCGGAAGCUGUUCACCUUCAUUUCUGAAAGUCCGAUAAUAGCAAAACUGCAAUAUGGAAUGAAGAUUACAUUCAUUUUCAUUUUAAUCCUCUUCAUUGACAGCGUGAACCGGGUGUACCGCGUCCAGCUGGAGGUGACUAAUUUCUCUAGGGAGAACAUGGGAGCGGCUGCCCUCGGCACUGACCGCAUGGAAGUCCAGGCCCGGAAGUUCUACUCUCAACGUAACAUGUACCUCUGCGGCUUCACCCUUUUCUUGUCUCUUAUCCUCAACCGCACCUACACCAUGAUCCUUGAGGUUCUUCGCCUUGAAGACAAGGUCAAGAUCCUCGAGGGCGACAAGAAGGCUGGUGGAAAGGAUUCGGCCCGCCUUGCCGAGGCUGGAAACGCCGGCGAGAUCGGACGUCUGAAGAAGGAGCUCGAUGCGAAGGACCGUGACAUUGAGACCCUGAAGAAGCAGUGUGAGGGUCUUACCCGCGAAUACCACAGUCUGGGUGACAAGGUUGCCGGUAAGACCGAUGAUGACACUAAGAAGGAUCUGUGA